AUGAUGAUGUCUCUAUCGUUGCUCUUCCAUCUUUCAGAAUCUGUCUCGUUCUAUCGCUCCAUAACACUCUCUCCUCUACACUCUCUCCUCUACACUCUCUCUUCUACACUCUCUCCUCUACACGCUCUCCUCUACACUCUCUCCUCUACACUCUCUCCUCUACACUCUCUCCUCUACACUCUCUCUUCUACACUCUCUCCUCUACACUCUCUCUUCUACACUCUCUCUUCUACACUCUCUCCUCUACACUCUCUCUUCUACACUCUCUCCUCUACACUCUCUCCUCUACACUCUCUCUUCUACACUCUCUCCUCUACACUCUCUCUUCUACACUCUCUCCUCUACACUCUCUCCUCUACACUCUCUCCUCUACACUCUCUCCUCUACACUCUCUCCUCUACACUCUCUCCUCUACACUCUCUCUUCUACACUCUCUCUUCUACACUCUCUCCUACUCUACACUCUCUCCUCUACACUCUCUCUUCUACACUCUCUCCUCUACACUCUCUCUUCUACACUCUCUCUUCUACACUCUCUCUUCUACACUCUCUCUUCUACACUCUCUCUUCUACACUCUCUCUUCUACACUCUCUCUUCUACACUCUCUCUCUACACUCUCUCCUCUACACUCUCUCUCUACACUCUCUCCUCUACACUCUCUCCUCUACACUCUCUCCUCUACACUCUCUCCUCUACACUCUCUCUUCUACACUCUCUCCUCUACACUCUCUCCUCUACACUCUCUCCUCUACACUCUCUCUCCUCUACACUCUCUCCUCUACACUCUCUCCUCUACACUCUCUCUCUACACUCUCUCCUCUACACUCUCUCCUCUACACUCUCUCCUCUACACUCUCUCUCUACACUCUCUCCUCUACACUCUCUCUUCUACACUCUCUCUACACUCUCUCUCACAUCUCUCUCUCACUCUCUCCUCUACACUCUCUCUCUACACUCUCUCCUCUACACUCUCUCCUCUACACUCUCUCCUCUACACUCUCUCCUCUACACUCUCUCCUCUACACUCUCUCCUCUACACUCUCUCCUCUACACUCUCUCCUCUACACUCUCUCCUCUACACUCUCUCCUCUACACUCUCUCCUCUACACUCUCUCCUCUACACUCUCUCCUCUACACUCUCUCCUCUACACUCUCUCCUCUACACUCUCUCCUCUACACUCUCUCCUCUACACUCUCCUCCUCUACACUCUCUCCUCUACACUCUCUCCUCUACACUCUCUCCUCUACACUCUCUCCUCUACACUCUCUCCUCUACACUCUCUCCUCUACACUCUCUCCUCUACACUCUCUCCUCUACACUCUCUCUUCUACACUCUCUCCUCUACACUCUCUCCUCUACACUCUCUCCUCUACACUCUCUCCUCUACACUCUCUCCUCUACACUCUCUCCUCUACACUCUCUCCUCUACACUCUCUCCUCUACACUCUCUCCUCUACACUCUCUCUUCUACACUCUCUCCUCUACACUCUCUCUUCUACACUCUCUCCUACCUUCUCUCUACACUCUCUCCUCUACACUCUCUCUCUACACUCUCUCCUCUACACUCUCUCUUCUACACUCUCUCUCUACACUACACUCUCUACACUCUCUCUCUACACUCUCUCCUCUACACUCUCUCCUCUACACUCUCUCCUCUACACUCUCUCCUCUACACUCUCUCCUCUACACUCUCUCCUCUACACUCUCUCUUCUACACUCUCUCUUCUACACUCUCUCCUCUACACUCUCUCCUCUACACUCUCUCCUCUACACUCUCUCCUCUACACUCUCUCCUCUACACUCUCUCCUCUACACUCUCUCUUCUACACUCUCUCCUCUACACUCUCUCUUCUACACUCUCUCUUCUACACUCUCUCUUCUACACUCUCUCUUCUACACUCUCUCUUCUACACUCUCUCUUCUACACUCUCUCCUCUACACUCUCUCUUCACACUCUCUCUUCUACACUCUCUCCUCUACACUCUCUCCUCUACACUCUCUCUUCUACACUCUCUCCUCUACACUCUCUCCAUAACACUCUCUCCUCUACACUCUCUCCUCUACACUCUCUCCUCUACACUCUCUCCUCUACACUCUCUCCUCUACACUCUCUCUUCUACACUCUCUCCAUAACACUCUCUCCUCUACACUCUCUCCUCUACACUCUCUCCAUAACACUCUCUCCUCUACACUCUCUCCUCUACACUCUCUAG